AUGAACAGUCUUGCAAGAUUGCCAUAUCGCAAGCUUUUUGGGCCAAUUGUUGCCCCACGGUUAUUUGCCAGCACUCACUUUGGUUUUCAAACCGUCGAUGAGGCAGAUAAGCAGGCAAAAGUAGACAAAGUAUUCACUGGUGUUGCUCGAAAAUACGACAUUAUGAAUGAUGCAAUGAGUGGUGGUAUCCAUCGUAUUUGGAAGAAUUUCUUCGUU